UGAGUUUGCCUGUUCUCGCAGCACACCGAGGGGUGCAGGGAUGUCACCGCACGUCCCCCUGUGCUGGGGACAGAGCCCGGGCUGUCCCCGGCCGUGGGGUUUGCAUUAGAGCCAUGUCCCACUGUGCUGGCCAGGCGCCCUCCACCACGGCACGUCCUCCGUCCCUGCUGCCUGGGGAGCUGUGAUUAAGACCUAAUGCUCGUUUGCUGCUGCCCAGGGGACAAAGCUGGGGCUGGAAGGAGCAGGUCGGUGUUCAGGCUUUCCCAUGGCACCACAGAGGGCUCACAAACAGAGGGAGCUCUUUCCGACCGCUCCGGCGCCUGGGAAAACCUCCUGGUUUGACGCAAACGCCCAGUUUCCGCGUCCGCCCCGGCCUCUCGCGGCCCCGAAACACGGGUGGGCUCCACUGCGCCUGCACCCAGCCUCUUUGCAGGGGGCUGGUAGGCUUGAAACGCCUUGGCUAAGCUGGAGAGGGGCCGUGGUGGGGGGUUCUGCACCAGGACCCCCAGACAGGGGCCCGUGGGGGCCGUGGGCCGGAGGGAUGGAGGUGCUGGGCUGGCCAGCCCCACUCACCGCAGCCGCCGGCAGUGCCACGGGUGACUCACGGGCGGCUGCCGACGUAACCCCCGCCCCGUAUGCCAGCUUGCCCCGUGUCCCUGAGUCACCGUCCCCAGCCUCGUGGCAGGUUGUCCCCGUGCGUCACCGGCACACGAGCCCCUUUGCCGUGACACCCGCCCUGGCAAGUGGCCACCAGCACCCCAAAGACGCCGCCACCAGAAACCCCCCCCAAAAAAGCACCCGGCCAGGAGCGAUCUUCGGUGACCCCGGCAGCUCCAUCCUCACCCCCCAGCGAAGCCAAAGGGUGAAGAGGAAGGAAGCGACGUCUUUGCUCCAAACCACCUCGCUCUGCUCUCGGCUACUGCAGGUACACGCCGUAUGGAGGAAGCCACUUUGUGCCACCACAGCCCUCCCCAUCCCCUCCCCUGACGUCACCGCGGCAGGGUGACACUGUGGCUCGCUGGGUGCAGCACCCGGGAAAGGCUCUGCCAGCUGCUGCCGGAAAGGGCCCUGAUUUUAGCAGCACCAUCACCCAACAGCACCCCAGGCUGGGAAACGUCACGCUCAGACACCAGGCUGCUGGGUGAAGCAAGAUGAGCGUGCCGGCCGACGAACCGGGCAACCCAGCCCAUGCCAUCUUUGAGAGGUUCCUGCGUGCCGGGGAGUGCCGGGAGGUGCUGGGCUGCUUCGGGGAGCUGUGCCAGUGCCUGGGGCUGCAGGGCGGUGGGCUGCAGCUCUACCACGGCCUCAAGGCUGCCCUCAACUACUGGAGUGCCAAGGCCCUGUGGAGCAAGCUGGAUAAGAAAGCCGGGCACAAGGACUACGACCAAGGCACAGCCUGUGCUGGCACCAAGUGCCUGGUGGUGGGGGCCGGCCCAUGCGGGCUGCGGGCGGCCAUCGAACUGGUGCUGCUGGGCGCGCGCGUGGUGCUGCUGGAGAAGCGGGACUCCUUCUCCCGCAACAACGUCCUGCACCUCUGGCCCUUCACCAUCCACGACCUGCGGGCGCUGGGUGCCAAGAAGUUUUACGGGCGCUUCUGCACCGGCACAUUGGACCACAUCAGUAUCCGGCAGCUCCAGCUGAUCCUGCUGAAGGUGGCUCUGCUCCUGGGGGUGGAGGUGCACAUCAAAGUGCAGUUCAAGGGUCUCGUCCCCCCCACGAGCAAGGCAGGCGGACAGGGCGGCUGGCGGGCUGUGCUGCAGCCCGGAUCCUCUCCCCUCAGCCACUAUGACUUUGACGUCCUCAUCUCAGCCGGCGGCGGCAAAUUUGUCCCCGAAGGGUUCAAGCGGAAGGAGACGCGGGGGAAGUUGGCCAUCGGCAUCACCACCAACUUCAUCAACCGCCACAGCCGGGCCGAGGUGGAGGUGGCGGAGAUCAGCGGCGUGGCCCGAAUCUACAACCAGAAGUUCUUCCAAAACCUCUACAACAAAACGGGCAUCGACCUGGAAAACAUCGUCUACUACAAGGACGACACUCACUAUUUUGUCAUGACGGCCAAGAAGCAGAGCCUGCUCAAGAAAGGGGUCAUCCUUCAGGACAAAGCGGACAUCGAGAGCCUCCUGUCCCCGGAGAACGUGAACCGGGACGCCCUCCUCAGCUACGCCAAAGAAGCCGCCAACUUCUCCACCAACUACCGCCUGCCCGAACUGGAGUUUGCCCUCAACCACCGGGACCUGCCGGACGUCGACAUGUUUGACUUCACCUGCAUGACACGCUCGGAGAACGCAGCGCUGGUGCGGGAGCACAACGGGGCCCGUCUGCUCCUCGGGCUGGUGGGCGACUGCUUGGUGGAGCCCUUCUGGCCGCUGGGCACCGGCGUGGCCAGGGGCUUCCUCGCCGCCUUCGACGCGGCGUGGAUGGUGCGGCGGUGGGCGGCCGGGACCCCCCCACUGGAGGUGCUGGCCGAGAGGGAGAGCAUCUACCAGCACCUCUCGCAGACCUCCCCAGACAACACCAACAAGAACAUCAGCCAGUACAGCAUCGACCCGGCCACGCGCUACCCCAACAUCAACCUGCAGGCCAUCAAAGCCAGCCAGGUCCGGGAUCUCUACCUCGUGGGCAUGGUGGAGGUGGACCACAAGAGGAAGAGCGACAACCGGCUCAGCACUGCGGUGUCCGGGGAUGCCUACGAAGAGCUGCUGAGAUGGUGCCAGGCCAGCACAGCCGGGUACCGUGGCGUGGCAGUGACCAACUUCACCACCUCCUGGACCAGCGGCUUGGCCCUCUGCGCCCUUGUCCACCGCUUUCGCCCUGACCUGGUGGACUUUGACUCUGUGGACCCCCAGGAUCCCAUCCAGACCCACCAGAUGAUGCUGGACACGGCGGAGCAGGAGCUGGGCAUCCAGCCCGUCCUCUCCAGUGCCGAGAUGGCCACCAUGGCAGAGCCCGACCGCCUGGGGCUCAUCACCUACCUCAGCCAGUUUUACGAAGCUUUCAAGACCUCUCCAGAGGCGGAGGAGGUCAGCAAGAAGCCGCUGUCACCCCGCGGCACGCGAGGGGCCAUCCUCUUCCUCAGCAAGCUGCAGAAGAGCCGGAAUGUGACACACAAGCGUGCCCAGGACAGUGCCCAGAAGGAUGCUGAGGCCAAGAGGAGCUGCAGGGAGGCUGAGCUGGACGUGGGGCUGGAUGGAGACACUCUGGACGGUGCCCACAAGCCGCCACAAAGUGCCACCACGGACCCAGGGCAGCAGCCACCGGCCCGCGGGGAGAGCAGCGACGCCUGCUACUUCUGCGGCCGCCGCGUCUACAUCCUGGAGCGAGCCAGCGCCGAGGGACGCUUCUUCCACCGCGGCUGCUUCCAGUGCCGGCGGUGCGGGGCCACCCUGCGCCUGGGCGACUACGCCUUCGACGAGGAGGACGGUCAUUUUUACUGUUCGCUUCACUACCCCAAUCCACCCGGCAUGGAUCUGCCCCAGGAUGAGCCCCCGGCGCUGCCCGAUGGGGAUGCUGCUGCCACCCACCCACCCUCAGAUGCUGGGAGCCCAUGUGUGGCCCUCAAGGAGGGGGCACCCAGUCCCCUGCAGCCCCCACCAGCAGCCCCACAGCCGGGGGGAGAGCCUGGGGCAGCGGAGGAUGCUGCGGAUGCUGGUGACAUGGAGGAACACGAGCCGCUGGCGCAACCCGAGGAGGAUGCAAGGGAGGAGGAGGGUCCUGGAGUGGAGCCCCAAGGGUCAGCAGAGGAGGGUGAGGAGAGCGGGGGCAGGAGGAAGAUCGUCCUCACGCCGCUGGAGAAGCUCAAGCUGUCCACGCUGAACCUCACCAGUGAAGCAGAGGCCAAGCCGCCGCCAAAGCCGGCUCGCCUGUGGCUCCAAGCAGCACCCAAGACCCUCCCUGCCCAGUGGCAGGGACAAGACACCUGGGAGGAGGAGGAGGAGGAGGAGGAGGAGGAGGAGGAGGAGGAGGAAACAGCCGUGGAGGAAGCUUUGGAGGGGAGCGACAGCGAGAAAGAGGAGGAGGCAGGAGAGGAGGAAGGCACAGACCUUGGCAUCAUGGCAGAGUUGGGCCUGGACCUGGGGGAAGAGGAGAAAUACCCCACCUGGAAGCGCACGCUGACCCGCCGGGCCAGGGAAGCCCAGAUGAAGCGGUUCUGCAAAGCCCAGGCCAUCCAGAGGCGGCUGGAGGAGAUCGAGGUGACGUUCCGGGAGCUGGAGAAGCAGGGCAUCAGGCUGGAGAAGUUACUCCGGGACGAGGCCGGCACCCCGGCCGACCUGAAGACACAGUGGAUGAACCAGCUGCUGCACCUGGUCCAGAAGAAGAACAGCCUGAUGUCUGAGGAGUCAGACCUCAUGAUCAUGGUGCAGGAGCUGAAGCUGGAGGAGCAGCAGGGACAGCUUGACCAGAAGCUCCGGUGCUACAUGAACAGGGAGGAAUCCCUGAAGACACCUGAGGAUCACGCAACCGAGAAGGAGAUCCUGGCGCAGCUGGUGGACGUGGUGGACAAGCGCAACAUGCUCAUCCACAUCCAGGAGGAGAAGCGGCUCAGCGAGCUGCGGGCCUGAUCCGCGCCGGCCCCAGGACCCACCGGGUCCCCCCCUGGGCGGGGGGACAACCAGUGUGUGUCCCCCGACCCCGAGCUGAGCAUCACCCUGAGCUGCCUCUGAAGGUGGUGAUGCCUGAGCUGCCCGCAGGCACAGAAGCUGCCGCAGCGAAUCCAGCUCCCUGCUUGCCAAAGCCUGCCGUGGAAGGGCUGGACCCACUGGUGGACACCCGUGUGGGGAGACACCGAGGAGUGCCCCGGCUUUGGGGUGCAGAGAGGGCACCCCCCCACGCUUGGCUGGAUUGCCUUUGCCUUGUGCUUGCUUGAAAACAAGAUUUGCAGGGGGCCACGAAACGCGGGGGCUGCGGUGGCUCUGCCCGGGGUUUGCUGCGGGAGGAAGAAGCCCCACGGGGAAGUGGGGGUCUCACCCGGUGCAGGAGGUCCCACAGCCAUCCCUGCUUCGAGGGGACGCUUGGUUGGGGCAUUGAAAGUGUUUUGCUUGGCAGAGCCCCUCGUGCUCGAGCUGCACCGCUGGCUGCCUCAGGCCAGGCUCCCGGCAGGAUUGGUGCCUCGUCGCUACCUGUCCAGCCCCGGAGGGCUUCGCUCCCGGCAGCGGGGAUGUGACUGCAGCCACCACAGGCAGGUCACGGUGGAGAUGCCAAAUGUGGAGGGGCAGUGUCAGGAGUAGCCCCUGGAAGCCACCCCAGGAUGUCCUUCCCAGUUGGGGGACAUCCAGCCUGGCCUGGGACACCCAUCCUAACCCAGCAUGUCCAUUGCAGCCUGGGACAUCCAUCCCAGCUGGGGACAUCCAUCCCAGCCAGGGAGAGCCAUCUCUUCCAGGGACAUCCAUCCCAGCCAGGGACAUCUGGCUCUACAAAUGGGGCCAGCGACAGACUGGGCUCAUCCCGCCACUGCAUCACUUUUGGGUGCCACAACCACUCUGUCCCUGGCCGCUGCAGGAAACCAGGGUCAGCAACGCCCCUGCAAGGCCCCAGGGCCAGGAAAGAGGAUUUUUGUCCAUCAGCUCCCCAAGGGAAUUGUGCCAGAGCAGGCACUGCGUGACAUCAAGGACAAGGGACACCAGCAGCCAUGUCCUCCUCGCCCCUUUGGGGUUUCUCCUGCUUGGCAGUGCCACGCUGGCCUUUACACAGACCUCUCAGACCUUCGCGGGGUCCCCGGUUGUUGCGGGGUGGCCUCCGUGGCCAAAUGGUGUUUACGGCAGCCCCAGUCAUGUCAUGCACGGGGGUCUGGUAGCGAUACCUCCCGACAUUCAGCCCUCAUCCUGCCCCUCCCUUCAGAGCCCCCCCAAUCUCUUCCAUCUGCCUUGUGUUUGUACCAGCCCUACUAUCCUGCUGCAACCCCCCAACCCUUUGAAUAAAGCCUCCCUGACCCGGCA